ACUCGAGGCCAAGAGUGGUAGCAAAUUGCUUUUCUUCGCGUGUAAGCCUUGCCUCACUUUGUUUACGUGGUAGCUACUCUGUGCGCUAUCAAACAGCAAUAAAGUUAACUGCCAGUAUACAUCAUAUCGAAAUAUUGUGCGCUAUACUGUAUCUGUGCUAGAGACGUACUCGUUGAACAAGCCGAAACGUAUCAACAGUCGAUGUUUCAGAGGAUUGGUCUACUUUGAUCCUAGCAACAUCUGAUCUAUCAGUGCUGGGCUGCAGAUUUUCCAGUUGAUAAACACAGUAAUCCGUCUUCUGUUUCAAGAUGCUCAGGUGGAUUGUUCCCACAAGGAAUCAGCUUGCUGAUAUUUAUCUUGUCGCUAGUAUAAAAAACACAUCAGUACCGUUGUCACUUGCAUGCCGCCAUGCUUACUGUCGCGUCUCUCCUUUGCGCUACCGCGCUUCUCACUGUUCCUGCAGCGGCGUCUAUUACAGGGCCUGUUAUCCAAUCCAACUUUCCUGACCCAUCCGUCAUCCAAGUUGACGGGAUGUGGUAUGCCUUCUCCACAAACAGUGGGGGCUUAAACAUACCUGUUGCCACAUCCAGUGAUUUUAACACAUGGACUGUUACGGGAAAAGAUGCGCUACCUACCGUAGGGACAUGGAGCAAUGGUCGGGACGUGUGGGCCCCAGACGUGAUUCAACUGGCUGAUGGGAGUUUCGUGUUGUAUUACGCGGCUCUUUUAGCGGAUGGUUCUACACAUUGCGUAGCCACCGCCACAUCAAAGAGUGUUGCCGGUCCAUAUACACCGCAGGCUAAUGCGCUAGCUUGCCACGCCAGUGAAGGAGGUGCUAUAGAUCCCGCAGGGUUCACAGACGCAGAUGGAAGCUUGUACGUCGUCUACAAAGUCGACGGAAACCACAUUGGUCAUGGCGGAAACUGCAACAACGGUGUGGAGCCAAUCGUACCCACACCCAUCAUGAUCCAACGCAUGCAGGCCGAUGGGAUCACCCCCACAGGAAAUGCCACCCAGAUUCUCGACCGCGGGCAGUACGAUGGACCGCUCAUCGAAGCGCCCUCGCUUGUGCGUUCAGCCGAAGGCAUCUAUGUCUUGUUCUUCUCGUCGAAUUGCUAUGACGGGGGGUUGUACGAUACAUCUUAUGCUACAGCCUCGAACGUGCUGGGCCCGUAUACCAAGUCCUCCUCGCCGUUGUUUGUUACCGGAGACCCCUUCUCGAAUCUGUAUUCACCUGAGGGAGCUGAUGUCACGACGGACGGGACCAAGUUGGUGUUCCAUGCGGAUUUGGGGACGUCGGCUGCGACGAGGCAGAUGUACACGGCCGAAAUUUCUAUUAAUGGCACGAAGGUGUCGAUUUGAUGAAUUUGUAUUUGGCAGUGCUAGUGAAUGGUUGAUCGAGUCGAUCCUCAAAAAGCUACCUCUGAAUUAUAGCUGUGGGUUCCGCAGACUAAUUAUUGAGACUGACCAUGUUUCAAAUUUGAUUUUGAACCUCCAAUAUUCGAUGAAGCAACUAAGCCAAACCUCUUUAAACUGCCGCGUCAUCCUCGUAAGCUUGUCAGCAAUUAGAACCGACAAGU